AUGUUUGAAUCAUACCAUUUAGAACACAGUGACGCCGAUACCCACAAAUCCGUUGAUACCCACAAAUCCGCCGAUACUGGUGAUUCUGGUCAGCCAAAGAACACCACGUUUCGAGGUUCUAAAUCGGAGUUUCAUCCCGCUCUUUCCAUCUCCAAUAUUAGGAACCACAUUCCUAUUAUUCUUGAGAUGGGAAAAGAUCAAUAUGGUACAUGGGCCGAGCUUUUCCGCAUCCAUUCUCGCUCACAUCGAGUCUUACAUCACAUCGUUCCAUAUAUCAGAAAAGAGCCACCAACAAUUACCGAUGCCAACCAUGAACAAUGGUCCACUCUUGAUGCCACCGACAACCAAAAUGCUCGAGCUGUCACUCUUGAGCAAGAGUUUUCUAACACUCGUAUGGAGGAUUUUCCCAAUGUCUCAGCUUACUAUCAGCAUCUUAAGAUGCUUUCUCAUCAGUUGGGAAAUGUCGGCUUCCCUGUCAACAAUCAUCCUUUGGUCCUUCCGCUGAUCUCUGGUCUCCUAGAAGCUUACCGCAGUGUUGCUACUUUGAUUCGCCAGAGCAACCCUCUUCCGACAUUCUAUCAGGCUCGUUCCAUGCUUACUUUUGAAGAAGCCGGUAUGUCUAAAAUGGCAAACACAGGCUCUCAUGCUGCUAUGCACACCACUCAAUCGAAACCUACUAAAGACACCUCUUAG